AUGAUGCGGGGUCGUCCGGCACAUCGCGCAAGGCAACACGGCCAGGCCGGGUACCCCUCCGCCCACAGUCGCGGACUGAAGGGUGCGGGCAAAGGCUGGAGGAUGCCUUUGGAGGCGCAUCCACAGAGCUUGGUGUGCUACCACAACUGCGAGGCGUGCAGGCGCUACGAGCUUGACCGGAUAGACAACUACUCGCCAGACGCCUUCGAGCGCUGCUUGGCGUGCGGUCAUGCCUACAGCAUCAUGAACAUCGGAGGCAUUCGCCACCACCAUUGCUUCCCUCCUCCCUUCGAGGAAGAUAUUCCGAAUCCGCUCCUUGCGGAGAGGAGAAAGACGCUCACUGUGACUGUGCGUGCCAGCGGACACCCGCAAAGGAGGCGCGUCUCCUGUACCCUCAUGACUGGGCGGGAAGUCUUGUCCAAGGUGACGGACCAGUCCAUCACACGGAACUUCUUGAAGUUGCUCAAAGCCGAACUGACGCAGCGGCUGCCGGAGAUCCUCGAGGACCAGCCUCGCUUGGCCUUGGACGGCGAGUUCUAUGCCCGGAACGAGUUCGAGGCCUAUUAUGGCGAUGCCGCGGAGGAGGUCUGGAGAGAUGCUGCGUCCCGCACUGCAGAGGUCAUUCUGGUGGCGGAAGGGCCGGAGGCGACGGGCUCCAUCAGGAACGGCCAGCGGGUGUGA